AUGGGACUGGGUGUUUUGAUGCAGGAGCUGUGUGAUUUGCCCACGGGUAACAUCGCACAGAGCCCACAGUUCCAGUCGAUUCAUGCCAUGACCCUUGAUAAGGCCGACCUAUUGGCAUCACUUCCAACGACAGGGGAGCCAUCCACGUCACCUCUUCAUCUUCUUUACACUCUUUUGAAAGAUAUCUCUGGACCUUGGCCUGUGUUUCCACUUGUCAAGUGUUUGACAAGAGUCUACAAACAUCUCCCCGAAGAUGUCAAGACUGGCAAUGAUGCUGAAUCUGCCCUUCUCCUAAAGCAGACUUCAGAUCUUGUCAAGGCUUCAUACACUUCUCUUUCCCAGUUCAUCAGUAACGAGAACAAGCCAGCCCUUCGAGCUUCAAGUGGCGGUCAUGUCAUCACUCAUCACGAACUGCUCCAGUUCGUCAACAACUUCCAACUUCCCGUCGAAUCACCCGGUCGAAAACCCAUCGUCUCCAUCGCACUACCGAACGGUCCCCUCCUCGCAGCAACAUGUAUCGCCGUCACAACAUACUAUACUGCAUCUCCCAUCAACCCCGCCGCCGGUCCCGAACAAUUCCGAGCCGAUAUCCUACAAGCACGAUCGAAUUUUAUAUUGACGACGAGGGAGGAGUAUACCAAGCUGCAACUCGAUGCAUCAUGGGUUUCGGACAACAACAUUCGAGUCUAUGUUAUCGAUUGGGUCGCUGGUGACGGUAUCUCAGUCGAGACACUAGAUGGCAAGUCUGUUCCUACUGGCAUAGUCGAGCGAGUCGCCAACACAGCCGACGACAUCAGCUUGAUCCUUUUCACAAGCGGUACUUCUGGUACCAAGAAGGUUGUACCGUUGACAACACACUCCAUCGUCACUGGAGUAGUCGCAGUCAUCGAGUCAUGGGGUCUCACCUCGGAGGACAUCUGUCUGAACAUGAUGCCUUUAUACCAUGUUGGUGGUUUGGUAAGGAACAUCUUUGCCCCGAUCUUCGCAAACGGUUCAACAGUCUGCUGUCCAUCCUUCGACGCCAACCUCUUCUGGGACGUAGCUGAGACCAUUCAACCGACUUGGUACUAUGCCUCACCUUCGAUGCACUCUGUCAUCGUCGCCGAGGCAGCUGCGAGACCUGAAGCUUUACAGAAGAGCCGUAUCAGACUUGCCUGUAACGCUGCUGGUGGUUUGCUUCCGUCCUUGGCAUACCAGCUCCGUGAUACCUUCAACUGUGUAGUCCUUCCCAGUUAUGGAAUGACAGAGUGCAUGCCCAUCUCCACGCCACCUCUCGACUACCGUCUCGAUCGUGAAGGUACAUCCGGUAUCAGCACUGGCCCCGAACUCACCAUCCUCGACUGGUCCGAAGACCAGGUCCCCAUCAACACAGUCGGCCGAAUCUGCGUUCGCGGCGAUCCUAUCUUUCCAGGCUAUCUCAAGGCUGAUGGAUCUUACGACAAGUCACCUUUCAACGCAAGCGGAUGGUUCGACACGGGCGACUUGGGAUACAUGGAUAGUGAUGGAUAUCUUUACAUCACCGGCCGCAGCAAGGAAGUCAUCAACCGCGGCGGUGAACUCAUCUCUCCUUUCGAGGUUGAGAAUGCCAUCAUGACUGCUUCCAAGUCUGAGGAAUCACCUAUUUACGGAAGGGUAUCGCAGACUUUGGCUUUCUCUGCUACCCACGAUGUUCUCCAGGAAGUCGUCGGAGUCAUUCUCGUGACACCGUCUGGUGUGCCUCGCGUCGACCUCCGAACUCUCCAUGCUGCACUGAAGGCUUCCCUUCAGCAAGCAAAGUGGCCCGUCGUCAUUGCUUACAUGGAUGAUGUUCCCAAGAACAACAACAAGGUUCUUCGCAUCAACCUUGGGAAGCGUAUGGACCUUCCAUGUCUUACCGAUGAUACACCUCACAUGGGAAGACAUUGGGAUGCCACAUGCCCUCCUGCUGAUACACCUUUGUCUGCAUCCAUUGGCAGCUCGCCUUGUCAAGUCGACUACCACAUUCUUUCGACUCACAUUCAGGGCAUUGUUCCUGAUUAUGUCGAUGUGUUUUGUCUACAAGGCAGUGACGGUGCCCCUCAAGUGGUCCUGGCACCCAAGACCAACGAUGUUGCUGUCGAAGACACCAGUUUGACCACCACGAUUCGACACGAACUCGGUCACCUCGUCGACAACUACAUGGUCCCAAGCGAGAUCCACAUCUUCGAUCGUCCGCUACCUCGAAGUUCUUCUGGAGAAGUCGAUGUUGACUUGCUCCAGGCACAACUCGAUGAGUUGUUGACGGCUUCAAUGAAGCAACUCGAAGCCAGCACAGAAGGUCUCGUCACCAAGGCCUUUGCUGACGUUCUUUCUCUCCCACCAGCCGACAUUCCCCGCGACAUCGACUUCUUCAGCCUUGGGGGUGAUUCCCUUCGAGCUGGACGUCUUCUCGCAGCUCUUCGAUCCGAGUUCAGCAUCCAUCUUCCAAUCACCAUCGUCUUCAACGAGGGAACUGUCAGUGCCCUUGCCACCCACAUUGACAAGAUGCUGGAGGGCAAGCGUGAGGGACAUGAAGAAGUAGACACUGUUGAGGGAUGUACCAAGACUCACAGUUCCACCAACCCAUUCCUGAUGCUUCUUCAGCUCGUUCCUCUUGUCAUCGUCUAUCCCCUUCGUCGUGCCUUUCAGUGGACAUGCUUCUUUGUUGCACUCGCCUACAGUCAGAAGCUUCCCACCAACCGCUCCGUCCCCGGCCGCUUCGUCAACUUGGUCGUCUCUAUGAUCAUCUCUCGCGUCGUCACCCAGUUCGUUUCACCUUUCGUUGGCAUCUUGGCGAAGUGGCUCAUCAUCGGUCGCUAUCGUGAGGGCAUGUAUCCUAUGUGGGGAUCGUAUCACACUCGAUGGUGGUUGGUUCAGAAGAUCGUUGCCGUCUGCGGUCGAGGCUUCUUCGAGACCAACGACAUGACACUGAGGAUUUACCAUCGACUCAUGGGUGCUAGCAUUGGCAAGAAUGUGAAGCUCAAUGAGUCUUUCAUUGGUGAGUGGGACCUUGUCAAGAUCGGCGACGAUGCGAACAUCACUGGUUGUAUCUGUCGACCUUUCGCUGCAGAGGGCAACACUUCCAUGUACCUUGGCCGCAUCACUAUCGGCGAGAAGUGUACAGUUGGCUUCUCUUCUAUUGUUGUUCCGGGUACCACCAUGCCAGCCAACACUUGUCUCGGCUUCAACUCGUCCACCUGGGAGAUGCAGGACGCCAGCGAGGAGUAUCGUGAUCAACUCCCCAGCGCAAGGAAGGGCCCUCACUGGCUUCUCAGCAUCCUCUUCACUCUCCCACUGAUGGGUCUCUCUCACUUUGUGGCCGCUCUUCCAUGGGCCGGUGGUCUUGUUGGCAUGGUUUUGAAGAAGGCCUCACCACGCAUCGAGCCUUUGAGAAGCAGUGUCGAGUGGUUUUGUCAGCCGAAGCGAAUCGGAUACCACUAUCUCGCUCGUGUGGCAGGCUGCGUCCUUGGUCCCUUCUUCCUCUUUGCUUUCAUCGUUCUUGUCAAGGCCACCCUGGACUGUGUCUUCGGCAAGCUUCGCUCUGGUUCCAAGCAGGAGACGUCUACUGUGGCAGCUUGGAGAGCUGGCUUGAUGAGGGAUAUUUAUCCUGUCAAGACACUGCACAGGCUCACGAGUCUGUUUGGACAGCACUAUGAGGCUACGUCGAUUGCUCUGAGGGCUCUGGGUGCCAAGGUUGGACAGCGUGUCUACUGGCCUGGAACCGGUCCUAGCAUUGGUGACUACCAUCUCAUCGAGGUUGGCAACGACGUCGUGUUCGGAUCUCGCUCUCACCUCGUUACAUCUGAUGGCAUUGGGUCUGAGAAGGUCACUAUCCAGGACCGGGCCAUGAUUGCUGAUCGAGUGACUCUUCUUCCGGGCGUGUCUGUUGGAGAACGAGUUACUAUGGGUUCUGGUGCCUUGACGAGGCGAAGGGGCAACUACUCUGACGGUACCUAUGUUGGCUCCAAGGGUGGUGAUGCAGUCUGUCUGACGACCAGUCGUGAAGGUUCGAGGGAUGGAAGCGCUCAAUCAUCAAUGCUCGACAUGUCUUUUGAUGAGAAGAAGUUCCAGAGCGACACGGAUCCCAGUCAGACCUCUGGUAGUAUCACUGGUGAGGGCCCAGACAAGGAUGAUCUGUCUCCGUUCGGUCGAGCCUUCUACCUCAAGAUGGCACCGUACUACGUCCUUGGUCCUUUCGCCAUCUUCUGCUACUCCACCUUCAUCGCCAUCUUCACCUCCAUCUACUGGGACGCUCCCAGCAUCUCGUCCAUCCAGCUUGUUCGCGUCGUUCUCAUCCAUGUUCUUGGACCUGGCCACCCUUGGUGGAAGGAUCUGGCUGCCAUCUUCUGCACCAUGCUCGUCUCCAUAGCCGUUCUCACCACCAUUCAGUCGGUUCUCGCCUUGGCCAUCAUCAUCAUGUCCAAGUGGGUUCUCAUGGGUCGUCGCCAACCGGGCAACUACGACUGGGACAAGUCGUCUUACUGCCAGCGUUGGCAGAUCUUCCUUGGCAUCGAGCGUCUUCGAAGGGGUUGCUACAACGGCAACGGCAUUCUGAACCUUCUCACCGGAACGUCCUGGAUUGUCUUGUACUUCCGUCUUCUCGGCGCCAAGAUCGGAAAGGAUUGUGCCCUGUUUGCCAAUGGCACACCGAGUCUCAUGUUCACCGAGCCUGAGCUCAUCUCUCUGGGUGACCGUGUCGUGGUUGAUGAUGCCAGUGUUGUUGCACACAUCAACACUCGUGGCAAGUUUGACUUGAACCGGGUGGACAUUGGUGAUCGGUGUGUUCUUCGCACUGGAAGCAGACUUCUCAGUGGUGCUCGCAUGGAGAACGACAGUUGUCUCUUGGAGCACACACUAAUUAUGGGUGGUGACGUUGUGGAGGAGAAGUCGACGAUGCAGGGCUGGCCCGCGGAGAGAUUUACUCGCAAGAGAGUCUGA